AUUUACUAAAAGGUCCGCCCUCUCACAAGCUCUCUCUCUCAAAUUAGCGCCGACCAUCCCUCUCUCUCGCUUGCUCCAGCCGAAGGUGAACCUCGAGUUGCCCUCUCUCUCGCAGACGCUUCAGCCGCCAUUAGAAGGAGCCCACCACUGUCCGGUGCUUCUUCUCCUUCCUCCGUCCGCACUGCCGUCAUUCCUCCGUUUGGUUCAUUCGUAGAAGGCUCACCAAACACCAAGUUUUAGUGAGUUUUUGAGAUUUGGAGUUAUUUUCCUCGUUUGCUUGAAAUAUGACUUCAAGACCAGAACUGCAAGCUCCUCCAGAAAUAUUCUACAACGAUGUAGAGGCUCGAAAAUAUACUUCAUCCUCACGUAUCAUUGAAAUUCAGGCAAAAAUCACAGAUAGAGCACUGGAGCUUCUUGCUUUGCCUGAUGACGGAGUCCCCAGAUUGCUUCUUGAUAUUGGCUGUGGAUCGGGUCUGAGUGGGGAAACAUUGUCUGAGCAUGGACACCAGUGGAUUGGUUUGGAUAUCUCUCAAUCAAUGCUUAAUGUUGCAUUGGAGCGGGAAACUGAUGGUGACCUUUUACUUGGUGACAUGGGUCAGGGCUUAGGAAUUCGUCCUGGAGUUGUUGAUGGGGCUAUUAGCAUCUCUGCGGUUCAGUGGUUGUGCAACGCUGACAAGUCCUCUCAUAAUCCUCGACUAAGAUUGAAGGCCUUCUUUGAAUCACUAUACAAAUGCUUAGCUAGGGGUGCAAGAGCAGUGUUGCAAGUUUAUCCUGAAAACGUGCAUCAGCGUGAGUUGAUUCUAGGUUUUGCCAUGCGAGCAGGAUUUGCUGGUGGUGUCGUCGUUGAUUACCCACACAGUGCGAGGAGUAGAAAAGAGUACCUGGUGCUGACUUGCGGUCCGCCAUCAAUUAGUACAACUGUUCCAAAGGGAAAAGAUGGAGACUGUGAGAGCUGUUCUGAUGAUGAUAUUGCUGAAGAUGAUGAAAAUCAAACCGUUCGUAUGGCAGCACCAAGGAAAAGGCAGAAAAUCACGAAGAGAAGCAAAGGAAGAGAGUGGGUACUGAAGAAGAAGGAACAGAUGAGAAGAAAAGGAAACAUUGUGCCUCCCGACUCGAAAUACACAGCUCGAAAACGCAAGGCUCGCUUUUGAAUAUUGUAUUUUUCAUUUUAUUCUUGUGAGAUUACUUAAGCUAUUACAUAAAGAGUUUUAAGAAUUAUUGAGCUUUGAUUGUCCGUCCGUUUUCAAAUUCAACCAUAUAUAUUAUGUAUAUGGCGAAUGCAUUGAAGGCAGAGUGAAAUUUUGUAGCAUCUGUUAUCAGUUA